UUGAUAAAAAGGUAGAGCAUGUUCAUUUGCCCCCCACACCCACUGCUCUUUUUCCUCGACUUCGCCCACCCUUUUAAAGACCAGAAAAGCGGGAGAUGCGUAUAGAGACCGCUGUCGCAAAACCCCUCAGCCACAGACAGAGCAGUGGAAAAAGAAACAUGCAAUCAUUCAUGGUGAGCUAUUUGGGGAUGCAAGUCCACCCAGAAGCUUAAGUUUGUCAGCAAGAAGAGGAUUAUUGAGUUUAACAAGAGGAAAAAUGAUGACGGGUAAUAUAUUUCCAGAGCAAAAUCUUGAGAAGCGAAUAGGGAAACAAAUGGGAUGCAUGGCUGGCUUCUUUCAGAUCUUUGAUCGUCAUCAGAUUCUUUCCGGCAAACGCCUUUACUCCACUAAGCGCCUCCCUCCCACGCCAACGCCGGCAGGUGAAACGACGACGGAGUCAGAGAAAGAAUUAGAUAAGCAGCCACAAGGUCGAAUAUCAGCAUCACCAGACCGUUCGAAGCAAACUCCGGUGCGGGAACCUACCACGCCGACUGGUAAUCACGGCAAAUCAUCUCUUCCCCUUGCAAUUUUUGAAUGCAAAGAAGGUAGCGCGAGGUCGCCAUGGAAAUUUAAGGAAGCUCCACGGCUUUCUCUUGAUAGCAGAGCUGUCGUUGAUGCUAAAGGAAGCCUUAAGCCCCGGGAGAUCCGUACGAACGCCUCCAUUUUAUCUGCCAAACGAUGCGAAAGUAGCAGAGUAGAAUAUGAGGCGGAUGAUAGCUAUAAACAAAGGUCACCAAGCGUAAUAGCGAGGCUCAUGGGACUGGAACCGUUACCGGAUUUGAAUCCUGAACCGGACAGAAAAUUGGAGCUCCAAAGGUCCGCGUCAGAAGUAAGAGGUCGAGAUCUGUUUCAGCAUCGUUUCAUUGAUGGAGUUAAUUUCCGUUCAAAACAAAGCCAGCAACCAAAUUUCCAGAACGGAGGAGUUUCGAGCAAUGUUGUAAGAGAAAAUGGAGCCAAACAAGAUCGUGUAAACCUCAGUAGAUCAGAAAGCUUCAGAAAUGCUAGAACUGAACCGGUUCAAGCUCCAGUUCGAGGAAUGGACAGAAGAAAAUGUUUCUACGAUUCAGCAGAUAUCUUUGCCGAGCGAAAACAGACCGCUUCCGUCUACGGAGAGAUUGAGAAACGUCUUAAGAUGAGAGGAAUCGAUGAGCCAUCGAAAGAUCUCGAGACUCUAAAGCAAAUCCUCGAAGCUUUGCAGCUCAAAGGCCUUCUACACACCAAGAAAUCUCCGAGUCAAACGAAUAACAGGAACUCUGUUUAUCAACAUGAACAAUCUCCAAUUGUCGUUAUCAAACCGGGAAGCCAACCGACUUCUGCCGUCAGAAGGAUUGGCAAAGAUUCGCCUCCUUCAAGUUAUCGGUCAAGACCAGGACCUCACCGUAACUUGAAUAUUGACUCACCGCCGAUUAUGAGUCCGAGACGUGAUCUGCCGGAGAUUAAACGGAAUGUCCGGAACCAAAGCAGGGGUAAGGGCUCGAUUUCUCCAGGUAGGAAUGACUGUGGCGUCAGGGGUCCCAACAGAAGGCCACUGAGUGUAGAAACGCAGAGGAGAGGUAGUGGUAAUGUAGAGCAAAGAAGAGUGACUCCGGUUCAGUCCCCUCGGGUCAAAGUGAGAAGAACCGGAUUAGAUCAUUUGACCGAUAUAUUACCCCGAAACAUGAAACCAACACCUGAGAUUUAUGAUAAAGAAGAGAAGGUAUUUAUUCCAGCGGAGGAUCAAGCAUGUAUUGUUUCAGAAAGUAGCAUUAGCUCGUCUUCUCAAACUGAUACGGAGAAAUCCAAGGUGGAUGACUACAAGGAAGGGAACAGCCUUCUGGAAAGAUGCGAUAAGCUUCUUCACAGCAUUGCAGAGAUGGCUGCUGCCGCGGCUGAGUUGCAGCCGAGUCCGGUCUCCGUACUUGAUUCUUCGUUUUACAAGGAAGAGUCGCCUCCUUCCCCUAUCAUGAAACGGAGCAUUGAUUUCAAAGAUCAACUUGGUGAAUCAGAAGAUGAAAUGUGGAGUCCUGCAACCUUAUCCCUGGAAUCAAAAUCCGAAGACAAAGCUGCUGAUGAUUGUGAUUUUAUGUACAUUUCUGAUAUCCUUAGAGCAUCCCAUUACUUGGAUCAUGGCUCCAAUGCCUUUUUAUUGCUGGAGAAGCAACAAUAUGUGAAGGGCAAAGACACUUCCAAAGUCUCUAGACUCCAAAGGAAGCUUAUAUUCGACACCAUCAAUGAAAUUCUCAACCGAAAGAAGCAAUUACAGCCAUGGAAGCUCAUCUCCGUCACGAAUUCGGGGUCCGGGGAGACUUCGUUGCAACAAAUUUGGUCUGAAUUCCAAAAUAUCAGAGAGAGGGACACAUCGGAUGACUUGCUUGAGGUCAUUGGUGGCGUGUUAAGAAAGGACCUUGCUGAGGAUGCCAUCAACGGGUGGGAAGGUUGCCCCUUAGAGAUGUCCAAAGCGGUUCUCGACAUCGAACCACUAAUAUUUCGAGACCUAAUCGGCGAAACCAUUGGAGAUCUUGCUGCUUUGGCUGGGGAAAGUAAUGACAUCCCAGCACAUUGUAGGAAGUUGGUGUUCUGAUAGCGACCUGAUGAAAAAAGAGAGUGGCCUUUAAAUUAUUCUUCUCGCACUUAACUUCGUAGCUUAUUGUUCUUCCUUUCCCUUCUAAUAUAUAUGUAUGAACACCCUUUUUCCGUGGAAUCUUUCAUUUGCCUAAAAU